AUGAAGACCCGGCAGCCCAUCAACUUUCUGGGCGCCGUGGACAACAAAACCGGGACGAUCCGGGAUCCGAGCCACGAGCUACACGGCAGAUCCGUCCGCGACUCGAUCCUGGUGUUUCCCCACGGGGCCGGCAGCAGCGUGGGCGCAUACACCAUAUACUCGCUCAAGUCCGCAGGCGCAGCCCCCAAGGCCAUGAUCUGCCUGAAGGCAGACCCGACGGUGGCCUCCGGAUGCGCGCUUGCCAACAUUCCGCUGAUAACCAUGGGCCAGGCGGAGCUUGACGCCAUGCAGGACGGCGCCGAGUUCUUUCUGGGCUAG